GAACUAAUCCAUACGGUGAUGGCUAGUGGUUGAGAUGGAUAUAAUUCGGGAUUUACAUAGUUGCACCUCAGUGCUGAUGGAGCAUGUCCAGAAUCCCAGUAUGUUUUGUCUCAAGUGGACGUCUCAGUUUUUCAGAUGAUUGGCAAGUCACAUGAAAUAAAAACCAGACAAAAUGAUUGGGAAGCCACUUUUAUUAACCUAUCUAUACCUACUGAUAUACAUAUUACUCUCGUCGGGAGUUAUUUUGUACAACAAGUGGGUUCUCUCUCCGAAGUACUUCAAUUUUCCUUUUCCAAUAACACUCACUAUGAUUCAUAUGGGGUUUUCUGGUGUAGUAGCAUUUUCUCUUGUUCGUGUUUUUAAGGUUGUGUCACCAGUGAAAAUGACAUUUGAGAUAUAUGCUACGUGUGUGAUUCCCAUAAGUGCGUUCUUUGCGUCAAGCCUUUGGUUUGGCAACACUGCUUAUUUGCACAUUUCUGUGGCCUUUAUCCAGAUGCUGAAAGCCCUUAUGCCAGUGGCAACUUUUCUCAUGGCUGUUGUAUGUGGCACUGACAAAUUAAGGUGUGACGUGUUCUUGAACAUGGUGCUGGUCAGUGUUGGAGUUGUAAUUUCCUCAUAUGGGGAAAUACAUUUUAAUGUGGUUGGUACAGCUUACCAGGUUACAGGCAUAUUUGCUGAAGCCCUUAGGCUGGUCUUAACUCAAGUCCUCCUCCAAAAGAAGGGAUUGACUUUGAAUCCAAUCACCAGCUUAUAUUACAUAGCCCCAUGCAGUUUUGUGUUUUUGUUUGUUCCUUGGUAUUUACUGGAGCAGCCAACGAUGGAAGUUUCACAGAUUCAGUUCAAUUUCUGGAUAUUCUUUUCCAACGCUAUAUGUGCUUUAGCAUUGAACUUCUCGAUAUUCUUAGUAAUUGGUAGAACUGGAGCCGUCACUAUUCGAGUUGCUGGUGUUUUGAAAGAUUGGAUUCUGAUUGCCCUAUCAACAGUUAUAUUUCCCGAGUCAACAAUUACUGGGCUCAAUAUCAUUGGUUAUGCAAUUGCUCUAUGUGGCGUUGUCAUGUACAAUUACCUGAAGGUUAAGGAUGUCCGUGCAUCUCAACCUAAUGCUGAAAGUAUUCCUGAAAGACCAUCUAAGGAUUGGAGACUGGAGAAGAAGUCAUCUGAUGUGUAUGUUCCUAACAAUAGUAACAACAACAAUGUAGGAAGCAAUGGAGGGAAUAUCACUACCUCUGAUUUCCCUGUGGAUGAAGAAGCACCUUUAAUUCCGUCUUCUAGGCUGUCUCAUAUUGGACGAACUCAGCUUAGAGCUACACUGCCUGAAUAAAGACGUGCAGCUUAAAUAUAGGUCAAUUUUCUUGUAAGCACCACUCAGAGAGCCUUCUAUUCAAGAAGGAUGACAGAGAUAGAGGAAAUGUAGUUUUUGUGGAAAUUUAUUUAUUCUGUGAAGAAACAUUCUUUGCUACUCAAAAUUAGAAGAUAAAUUCAUUGUAGAAGCUUCAUAUUU